AAAUUUCCUAGAGACUCCAGUAUUCAAACCCAGAUUCUGGACAGGGAUAAUAAGAAAUUGAUACUGAUUACCUUGAAAGUGAAACUCCACUAAACCUGAGCAGUGCCGGGAAACACAAGGUAAGACCCUUGACUCCAUUGUAGAGAAUGUAUUUCAAUGACAGUGUGUUGUAGUAGAGAAACAUUUACUAAGGAAACCCAGAGCCCUUUUCCAUCUCAGGUUUCUUUUCACUGAAGCUUGACGCUCAAAGUUAGGGCUUCUUCAAAGCAGCUCCAAAUCCCGAAGGUGAGAUAGCUCUCACCUGGAGCCCACGUGUGUUCCUCUACCACUUGGCUGGUAACAGUCACCUGGGAAUCAUUCCAGCAGGUGGCUUCCAAAGUCCAACCUGCUAGGUUGAAAUCUGACACUGAUAGAGACUCCCCGGGAGCUCUUACUGAAAGCUAAACCAGGAACCAGGAAAUGCACAAGCCUCUUUAUGUAGAAAAACAGCUGGGCUCCCUCCGUGGCAACAGAGCACCAUGGGAAACCGGCUUUGCUGCGGGAGACACUGAAAGCCAAGCAAGACGGACAUUGAAGCAGCAGCAGCAGCAGCAGCAGAAUGGCACCAAGGCCCGUGACACAACAGGACGUAUGUAUGAGCAGGUGUUAGAGAAGCCUGCGUCUCAGGAGAGGAGUCGAGGCCUUAGUUUGAAGGAGAACAGCUUACAUUAUGCAGACAUUCAAGUGUACAGCUGUACCCAGCCACGCUCUGCUCUGGAAGUGAAGCAUCUUCAGUCAGAAAAUGCUACAGAAUAUGCAACCCUUCGCUUCCCCCAGGCCACGCCCCGCUACGACAGCAAGAACGGCACCCUGGUGUGAGCCUUGGGGAGGAAGGGCCUGUUUCCGUCAUUUCACCACUACUCCUGUGGGGAGACUUCUGCUUUGGGGAAUUGGCUGGUGGCCCAGAGAUGGCUGCUACGUUUUAAACUUAACUCCAGAACCCCAGUGAGAGUCCCGCAUUCUUGAUCUCUCCUCUAGGCCUACCUUUAAUUUGCCACCGUGAGCUUGGAGUUGUUUCGGGGCUGGUUAGGGGCGGAUGGAGUUCCACAAAAGGAGGGACUAGGUGGAGCAAGCCAAAAAUUUUUUGACCCCUACCUUUGCUCUUGCUUUCAAGAAAAGUGAAGGAAGAACAGGUUACCUCAGCACUUAAGUUGAUUUUGUUAGGCUUAAUUUAAUGGUGUCUCUUUUAUACACCUUAAAUCUAAAGCUGAAGAAGAAGUGCUCUGGAAAAGCAUUCUGAGUUCUCAUACCAGCCCCCAGGGCUGGCUUGGGCAAUUCCCUCAAUGGUUGGGUCAAAGGUCUCAGAACCUAAAAAAGACAAACGAGGGCAGGGGUGAGGCGUGGAGGAAGCAAUUCCAUGACCACCGGUUACACGUAUUUCAAGUCACUGACAGCACUGCAUGACCCGGAAACUCCCUUUGGCUGGACCGUAGGCUCUCGCAGGUGCAAAGUCUCUGGGAUCAAUAAAUCGCAUAAGGAACAUG